ACUCCUCAAAACUGAAGGAUGUGGGCUUAGUUAUUAUAGGAGGGGGCGUGGCAGCCGCACUGGCAAUGGGCAUUAAUGCAUCACCUGUCAGAGCUAGAUAGGUGUUUGGCCAAGCCAUGCCAGUGCUUUAGCUCUUCAGAUGCCAAUUUCUUUAUGCACACGCCUAAGCUUGCCUGAGAGUGCUUAAUCAAGUAUUCAUUCAGUCCACUCAUUCAAAAAACAUGGCAGAUGCCUGUGUAACUGUAAGAGAAGAACUGGGUGUGAGAAUUGAAGAGAUCAAAGAUGCUGUACCUGUCUGCAAGAAAGUGAAAUCAUUCAAUCCUGCCAUGGCCAUUAAUAGGGAGUUCAGUCUGUGUACUUUGGCUGUGUUAGCAGAGAAAAGAGAUCAGCCUGAAUGCCUUGAUGCGUUUGGCUGCACAGGUCUGGUUGGACUGCAAUGGAAGAAGAAUCUGAAACACAAGGUUAAGGUCACUGUGGCAGAGGUCAAUCCGAUCGCCUUGGAAACGAUAAGGAAACAUGUUCAUCUGAAUAACUGUUGUUUGAAAUCCAGAGUAAGAUUUGGUAGCUCGUCUGACACUUUUGCCGAUGUGCUCCGGCCAAGUUUGAGGUCUCCGACUACCGAUAAAACCUUUAGUGCAGCAUUUGUGAGGCGGAGUUUUGAAAAUCAGAUUCCUCAGGAGCCACAAAUUUCAAGUGAGGAUGUCCCUUUAACAGUUGAGGUGAUACAGAGUGAUGUAAAUGUCCUGCUUCAUCAAAGACGGUUUGAUUUUAUUCAUCUCGAUCCAAAUGGCUGCACAGUGCCCUACCUGGACGCAGUCUUCAGAAAUAUCAAUGACAAUGGAAUUGUUUUGCUCACGUCCACUGAUGUUGCUUCACUCUUUGGAAAAUGUCCUCAGGUUGCUCAGCGAAAUUAUUGUGCUCGGUGUAUAAAGACGGAUUACUCCAAGGAGUUUGCUGUCCGGUUGGUUACGGCAGUGGCAGUCAGGGCAGCUGCAAGGAGUAAUAAAGGCAUCAAAGUCCUCUAUGCUGUAGCAGUUGAUCACUUCAUCCUCGUCGCCAUCCAAGUUUUACGUGGACCCCAUCAUGCCGAUCGGAGUGUGAAUCUAAUAAGAAGAGUUUUGCAUUGCCGGUGUUGUCAGGAACAUAUCAUUUACCCGCUGACGUGUGAGCCAAUAGGAGACCCCUAUGCUUUGCUACCGUGCGACUGCCAUCGUCACAAUCAAGCAAAAAUAGGUGUGGAACUUGGGCCAGUUUGGGCUGGAAAUUUAUUCGACAUAGAUUUCAUCAAGAAAAUGCAGCUUGCAGCAAAGACUUUAAAACUGAGUAACAGACUUGUGUCGCUGCUCGUUACCUUGGUAACAGAGGCUGUCUGUGCAUCGAAUUCCUCGCUGAAUGUGUCAGUUGAGAGAGGAGAGGAGACUAUUCCAGACUCAGACGUACCAGUUAGCAAGAGGAUGAAGGUGGAUGAUUUUGGACGAGGAACUGAAUAUGAUAUGCCACCAUUUUAUUACUUUGUGUAUCACUUGAGACUCAAGAAUGUUGAAAUACCAAAGGCAACCAGACUCAUCAAACUUGUGCAAGACGAAGGCCAUCGCUGCAGCAGAACUCACUUUGAUCCCACAGCCAUCAGGACGAGCGCCAAUGGACGACAGCUACGUGAUAUUCUCAAUAAACAUUGUCACAAGAGUUAGCUUCAGUGCUUUGCAGCAACUAGUGACACAAUUGUCAGUCUACACAGAUGUUCUGUGUUGUAUAAUGACGGAUUAGGUUAGGUUCUCUAGAGACCCUUGGAUUUUAUUACCAAAGAGAUUAAAAGUGCAUAAUAUACUAGAAUCGUUUGUAUCCAGGACAGUCUAUCCCACUGGUAGUACAUUGAACCUGUAACAUAAUGCAUGGUCACUUUCUAAUGUGCGUCAAAGCUAGUACUGUGACACCAGUCAGGAGCUACAUCCCGUGUGCUGACUUGUCAACUCGAACUUCUGUCUGAAAUGCUAAUCAGAGUUGUAAGCUUUUGACUUGUCAACCUAUUUUCCAUUGGGACUGAAUUCUGUAGCUAAGACUAGCCCUGGUACCCUUUACCCUACAGGUUGAUCAAGCCUGUUUUCAGAAUAGCUGUGGUGUUUUUCUGAUUGUUGACAUUGGCCCUAAUGAAUAAGUCAGUAAUGAAUCACCAGUGACUUUACACUAAAAGGUUUGUACAGUUGAAAUAUUUUAGUUUUACAUUGAUAUUUAUACACCAAGUUAUUUGCUUGAAUGAACAAGUUAGAUAUUGUUUUAAAUAUAUAACGAUUACACAUUUCAUAGUUUUGAAUCACUUCAUUUCGUUAGAGCAGCCAUGCUUUUUAAACUAGAGAAACUGUCAUCAUCACCAUCAUCUGAGACUGGAUGUGACCAUGUCUUAUUUGGGACUGGAUGUGACAUUGUCUCAUCUGGCACAGGAUGUGGCAUUGUCUCAUCUGGUUCAGGAUGUGGCAUUGUCUCAUCUGGCACAGGAUGUGGCAUUGUCUCAUCUAGUACAGGAUGUGGCAUUGUCUCUGCCAGCAUUUGAUGAGGCUAUGUCACAUUGUGGAAUUUAAACAACAGUGCCACAUAUAGUACAGAUGUAAAAGAAAUCAUCUGGGACUUGAUGGGGAUGCUCCUAAUCUGAAGACCACAGAAGACCGCAUGCAUGAUGUCUAGUCAGUGUCAUAAAGAAUUUGGACAUUCUUGGUCUCAUUGAAUGGGAAAGAAGAGUGCAUUUGGCUUACUGCCUACUGUCUAAGGCCUUGAUUGCUGCCAUGAAUUCUCUAGAGCGAUAUAUGGCAAUUUUCAUCAAUGUAAUGGACACAAUAAUAUCCAA